AUGAUAUUUUAUUGCUGCAGAAUGCAAUCCUAAAGAUCUAGAUGGAAUACAAACAAUAUGAAUCGUAAAAAUCUGUGGUCAUCAAAUUAAAAAGAAAAUAUUAAAAAAUAAGACUCUUCUUCUGAAGAAGAGGAAGAUGAACUCAAAAAUAAUUAAAAUGAUUAAGAAUUAGAAGAGUUUAAAAAAAGAAUGCAGAGUGCACCUCCAAGAUAUUAUUUAGUUCGAUUAGAUGAAGAUGAGGAAUAAUCCUCCAAUUAAUAAUUGUCAGAAGUUCAAGAGUAAAUAGAGGAAUAAGAUGAAUAAGAUAAUACAACAAGAUUAUCAGAAGAAUCUUCUAUUAUUUAGGAAAAUGAAAUAGUACCAGACGAUAGACCCAAUAUAAAACCAAAAUCGUUAGAACCUUUCAUCUUUAAAAAACGAUAUUCUACAACCAACUAAUGA